AUAGAAAUCACAAACUGAUUGGAUUAGAAAGACAAUAAAAAGAGGCAAAGUCACUGCUUGCUUUGUUCCCAUUCUGGCUUUUUAAGGAGUAAGUACUUUCCAAAUUGCCAUAUUUGAUUAUCUCCGUUGCCAUGAACCACUUCGUAAAGGUAUCAUGGACUCGCUUCAAACAAGCAUUCAAUCGCCAGCACAUGAAUUUUGUUCUGUCUUCUCGCCAAUACUCUAAAUUUUCCGGGAAUUUUGAGCCAGAGUCAUGGAAAUCAAUGGAGGGUCUAGUUCGUUGCUCGGCAAAUUACGUUCCUUUGUCUCCCAUAAGCUUAUUGGAGAGAUCAGCAAAGGUUUACAGAGACAGGACAUCACUCGUCUAUGGCGGUGUGAAAUAUAGUUGGGGUGAAACUCAUCAACGGUGUCUCAAACUAUCCUCUGCUCUGACCCAGUUGGGAAUUUCCCGAGGGGAUGUGGUUGCAACCUUGGCUCCCAAUGUCCCAGCAAUGUAUGAGCUUCAUUUUGCAGCUCCAAUGGCGGGAGCAAUACUUUGUACACUAAAUGCACGCCAUGAUUCGGCAAUGGUGUCAGUCUUACUGAGUCAUUCAGAAGCCAAGGUCAUAUUUGUAGACUACCAGUUACUUGAAAUCGCUCGUAGGGCGCUAGAUCUUCUUGUGGAAUCAGGCAGAGAACCACCAAUUUUAGUCCUAGUUGCUGAUUCCGAUAGCCCAUCUCCUUCAGAAACAUAUGAAUAUGAAGGUCUUCUGGCAAUGGGGACUAAUGGGUUCGAGAUAAGACGACCAAUAAGUGAAUGGGAUCCUAUCAGCAUAAAUUACACCUCUGGCACUACAUCGAGGCCAAAAGGUGUUGUUUAUAGUCAUCGAGGUGCUUAUCUCAAUACACUGGCAACAGUUCUGCUUCACGGAAUGGGAGCAAUGCCUGUUUAUCUUUGGACCGUGCCUAUGUUUCACUGCAAUGGGUGGUGCUUAAUUUGGGGAAUGGCUGCUCAAGGUGGCACCAGUAUAUGCCUCAGAAAAGUCACGCCAAGUGGCAUAUUUGACAAUAUAGUCCAACAUGGUGUGACUCAUAUGGGUGGAGCGCCUACCGUGUUGAACAUGAUCGUGAAUUCGCCGGUCAGCGAUCAGAAGCCACUCCCUCACAGGGUAGAAGUUAUGACAGGCGGUUCACCUCCACCACCACAGGUGUUGUUUAAGAUGGAAGAGAUGGGGUUUGGUGUGAAUCAUCUGUAUGGCCUAACAGAAACUUACGGUCCAGGAACUUAUUGCACAUGGAAACCCGAAUGGGAUUCUCUGCCGCUCAAUGAAAGAUCUAAGAUCAAAGCUCGACAAGGUGUUCACCAUCUUGGGUUGGAUGAGGUUGACAUAAAAAAUCCUGAAACUAUGGAGAGUGUACCACCUGAUGGUAAAACAAUAGGGGAGAUUAUGUUCAGGGGAAACACUGUAAUGAGUGGAUACUUGAAGGACUCGAAAGCAACAGAGGAAGCUUUCAGAGGCGGGUGGUUUCAUAGCGGUGAUCUUGCUGUGAAACAUGCUGACAACUAUAUAGAAAUCAAGGAUCGGCUCAAGGAUAUAAUUAUAUCAGGGGGAGAGAAUAUAAGCACAGUGGAGGUGGAAACUGUUCUGUAUAGUCAUCCAGCAGUCCUUGAGGCUGCAGUUGUGGCACGUCCCGAUGAUCACUGGGGCCAGACUCCUUGUGCAUUUGUGAAGCUGAAGGAUGGUUUCGAUGUUAGUCACCGAGAAAUCAUCGAAUUUUGUCGAGAGCAUUUACCACAUUAUAUGGCCCCCAAAACUGUUAUUUUUCAGGAUAUACCAAAAACUUCCACAGGCAAGAUUCAAAAAUUUAUUCUGAGGGAAAGAGCAAAGGCCUUGGGAAGUGCAAUAUCAAAAAUUUGAAUGUGCAAUAUAAAAAAUUUGUUAUACAAACAAAAAGCCUAAAUUUGAAUUUGCAUUAGUUUCAUUGAA